AUGCGAUUCAGUCUGGCCGAGCGCGCCGUGCCCUGCUGUCGUUUGCCGCGCGUGUCCGUCGACGGGUUAACUUCGAAUCGUGUUCGAAUUUUGAAAAUUUUAAAAACUAAAUAGUGUUGUGUGUAGUUUUGACAAUGACGGAGUUUUGCACCGUUCGUGUUAACAGUUAGUGUUAGUGUUGUACCUAGUUCAUAAGUUUUUUUGAAGUUUACUCCGUUGCAAAGUGGAUUUACAAGUUGGUUCGCGGUGUUAUUUCUUGGAUAACCACGUGUAGGACUGACCCCCUACAAACGGACGAAGGAAACGAAAUCUCGAGAGGAAUAAAUCGGAAGGCGGUGCACUAUAGGUUGCCAGUUGCAACGUAUCUCGCUUCAUUCAACGGGUAGAGAAAUAAAAGAUCACGAUGCGUCCAUCACUGCUUCCGGCGCUGUUCCUGCUCCUCUCCUGCUCGGGCACGUCCAUGUUCCGCAGCGACGACCGGCUGAUGCUGGAGUCUCUGGUGGAGCUGAUAGAGAUGGACUACGAGGACCACUGCGAGCAGCGCGCCGCAGCCUCGUGGGACGAGCUGGUGGGCGCGCCGGCUGCGCUGCAGAGGAAGUUGGAGCGAGACAAAGUAUACGGCAUCUUCUCCAAGAAGCAGACCCACGAGAUCCGCAGCGUUCUCACCACACACAUGCUGUCUCCGAAUGACGACAUCUUGAGGAGGAAGGUCAAGCUGCUGCUGGAGCCGGGAGAUACCAUGCUGGAUACUGAGCAGUGGAUCCGAUUGGUAACAUUCGGGGACACAGCUUUACAUAAUUUAAGAUAUGCAACCGACUACGACUGCGGAAGCAAUGCAAAUUGUACUUUAAGAGAGCUCCACAAAAGCCUGACCCUGCAGCAUGAUGAUGAAACCCUCCGCCGGAUGAAGGCUUCGUGGGAACAGAAGCUGCCGAGCCUCGACGAAUACCGGCAACACAUCCUGCCACUACUUAGGAAUGCCUCCAAGGAGUAUAAUUACACAACAGUGGAAGAAUACUGGGACUCUCUGGCGGAGUACGAGGGAGGUCUGCUGAAGGCGCGUGAGCUCUGGGACCAAGUGAAGCCAUUGUACUUGAAGCUGCAAAAAUACGUGUCACUUCGAUUGAGAGGAGAGGACGCCAUUGGGAAGCCAAUACCGGUUCAUUUGCUCAAAUCCUUGACGGGCGAUGAUUGGUCGAAUGUGAUAGAGCUGCUAUUGCCGAAACAUGCAGAUAUUUAUCAAAAACUUCAUGCAAAUCUCCAAUUAAAGAAUUUGGGUGGUGAGAAGGCAUACAAAAGAGCAGCUAAACUAAUAGAAGAACUAAAUUUUGGACCAUUAGAACCCCAACUAUGGACUGAAUCUAAUUUUAAUGGACAGUGUCCACCCAUCCUCGUAGAUUCUUGCAAGCCUAAUAACGUUAAAAUUUAUACAUGCAAAGAUGUUAGUAUAGCAAACUACAUGGAUGCCCAUGAAGCUGUAAUGAAGAUAAAAUAUAAAGAAGUCACCGCCUUGCAUAGCAACAACACAUACGUACUCAGAGAUGCCAACAGAUAUUCCGCUUUAUACGAAGCAAUUCCUGGAUUUGCGUCGUUACUCUCAUUAACGCCCCACGCUUUGAACCGAGCUGGACUCUAUCCUUUAGAAAGGUUCAACUAUAGGAAUAACCCCAAUCACCAUCGACUAGUUCUGCAGCUGAUUAUCGCCUUAAGAGAUUUACCAAAGUUAAACUACUACUUAGCAGCUGACGAGUGGAGACUUCAAGUCUUGAUGGGAUCCAUAACAUCUUCGAAAGUCGUAAGCAGUUGGAGUGAAUUCCGUAAAAACUUCUCUUUAGUUGAUUCUGCUGAUGUGGAGUUACUAAGCGAUCCUCACGUCACAUUCAACAAACCAUUUCUUGGGAAAUUUAUGGGACUUAUUUUGAAGUAUCAAAUUUACCAGACAUUUGCUGAAGAGCUUAUUUCGGAUGAUGCGGAUCUGGCCCAACAUGUUUCGGUGGACAAUAGUCGCUUGAUGGAAGCCAUGAGCAGAGGAUAUGGUGUGCUAUGGCCUGCAAUGCUUAGUGACUUAUUGGCCAAACGUGAAUAUGGAUUAGAGUUCACAGCACUUACCGACUAUUUCAGACUCUUAGAUGAAUAUUUAGAUAACCAACUUGAUCCUUCUUUAGACACCAACGAAAUGGAAUAUGAAGAACCACCGGUAGAAACUCCGGUUGAAAAUGAAAUCCCUAUCGAGAAAGAUGCUGACAACGAAGUAGAACUUGAUACCCAUGCUAACAUUCUAGAAAAUGUAAUUGAUACUGGAGAUGACGGCCCAAUGAAGCAGGGCGUAGAAACGUCAACAGUUGGUGUGCUAGAGAUCAAAAACCCGGUCGGGGCCAAUAACGAGCAUGAUGAGAUUCCUGCAGAGGCAUCGUAUAGCACGUACUGGUGGAUUGGUAUUGCAGUAGCUCUAGCUGUUGUUGUUUUGUUAAUAGCAAUCAUAGCUAAGAAGCGUCACAGUCACAGGAAGCAGCUGGAGAGACAAAGAAGAGAUACAUCACAUGCCUGAUUUGAGGAGUAUCGGUUCUAAUGACCACAUUAGAGACCGAUGCAAAAUAAAUAUUGAACAAUGUUUCCAAACGGUGCCAAUGCAUGCAAUGUUUGCAGAGUGAGUGAUAUCGAAAAAAUAAGGUUUAACUGUAUGGUGUUUUAAAUUGUAUUUAUUCAGCUCGAUGUUUACUGUGUGGGCUUUUUAUGUUAAUUGUAUUAAGUUUUGUAACUAACAAAGUUUGCGAAGCAUUUUAAAUUAGUGUUUUAAGAGUCUUUCUGAUAAAACUUUAAAUAAUUUAUUCACAAUAUUAGGUACUUAAUUAUUUUGGUUUGUGUAUGUUAUUUUAAAUGUUGAAACAAUUAAUAAUUGUAUUAAGUAUCAACUUUUUCUAACUGUGCUCUUGUCUACGUGAAUAAACUACGUUUAAUCUUUGUUUUUGCUAUUUAUAUGGUGGUUUUAGAAUAUAAUAAAGAGAUACAAUAUUUUUGUACAUAUCACAUUUUGCAAGUAUAAUGAUUGUUACCAAGAGUGUCUAUAAUGAUAAUGUAAAUUAUAUUUUAGAUGUAAUUUUGCUGUGCCUUAUGCGUCUCAAUUUUUACUAAGAUGUAAGAUGCCUAAUAUAGGAUACUGAUCAAAUUUAUAAAGAGACACAUUAAUAUUAAGUAAUUUUAUAAUGGUACAUACUAAAAGAAAGUGUCUAUUUUUCUCUCUUCUUGAUUAGGGAAUUCCAGAUUUGAAAUGAAAUUUCUGUUACUCUUUGAAUGAUUGUUCCUUCAACUGUACCUUAUGUAUUGUGUAACCAAAUAUUUGAAUUACAAUAAUUUUCUAUUCAUUGUUGUAAUCGUUUUUUUUUACUAGGUAGAAUACUUUUACUGUAUCAGUAAAGCAUGGAUUAGAUAAAUUGUGAAUGAAUCGAAAAAAGAAAUAAUAAAUGUUUAAUACAUA